AUGGCAUCAUGCAAUGGGUGGCUGACCAAUCACAGGCGCAGGAAUUCCUUGUUCCUGGGCGGAACCGGUGCUGGGCUAGAGCGUGGUACAUCAGCACCAACCUCGCCAGCGAAGAAGCCCGCUAUCGCCCCCAAACCUUCCUCGCUCAAGAGCCCACCGCUACCACGUAAGCAGAGCCAUGGCGUCAAUAAAAGCCCAGUCCCAACCCCAAAGCCACGCAAGCUGCAGGCUACGCAGAGCUCACCAGUAUCGGUCGGGGCAGGAGGAACCGGGGGACCCUCGCCCAUCAAGACCAAGACAUUUCAGGCCGCCGGAUCAGGACAACGGGCAAACAGCGAAGACUCUGGUGUCUUUGACCUGAGAGACAGUGCCGAAUUGUCCAAGACCGAGCUGAACAUCGCAAGUGAAGUCCAGGAUUCCAUUUUGGAAGAGCCUGCCCUCGCCGAUGAGAAAUUACAGGAUGUGUGCUACGAGGAGGCCCCAACAGCAGGCGAACCUGAUUCGCCAGACAUCAGUCCAAAGCGAUGUCCACCUAAGCCACUCCCAAGGAGAGCCCCACCGAGUCCAGUCCCACCCCCUCGCCGAGCCAAGAGUGUAAUCGAUGCACCCAUCCUCAACAGAGCUUUGAAACCCAAACUGAAUAGAUCCACAGAUGAUUUGAGCACCUGCCCGUUAGAGGAGGAGCCUGAAGAUGAAGCAAAUGACACAAACGAUUCGGAUGCGAGUCAUUCACCGCUCAAAUUACCAGAGUCCAAGCAAGAUAGAACAACAUGCCCAAUUUCAGAAAAUGACAGGUUCAAACUAAAUGCUACCCCUCCCCCAAUACCGCCCCACAAACAAGGCAGCCCUUCGAGAACACCCCAGACGAACCAGAAAGCCUUGAAACCAGCACGGCCUCCUCCACCAUCCAAAUCCAUUCCAGCAGGCCCUCCUGUGAGACCCAAACCUCUAUCGAAGAAGACUCCUGGUCAAGAGUCGAGGCAUCCUAUCGUAGGUAGUUCCAGGACUGAUGGCUCGGAGGCCUCGCCAAAGAUUCCACCUCGGUCAAGGCGGAGUCUGAUAACUGACGACAUGCUGCUCGUGGAUCAGACUGAGAAAAGGUUUUUUCCUGAAAACGGCUUCCCAGUGGAGCCAGAGCCUCCCCCAAGACUCUCAUCCAACUUGCCUCCCGAUGAUGGCAAUGGCAACGAGGCGCCCCAACUCAAGAUCCCUCCCAGGAAACGAUGGUCCCAGCAUUCCAACAGCAGCCUGACUGCUAUGCCCUACCACAAAGUGCAAUCUUCCCCAGACCCAGCCUCCCCCAGGUCUCCCGAAGUCAUUCUCCAUCCUUCCGGGAUUGUCGGUUACCACUCCGUGGCCCCGCCUCGUCCUGUUGACGGUCCUCCGAAGCGCCUGGCACCAGUUCCUCCUCCACCUUACAGCACCACACUUCAACAGUUGCGGCCUGUUCCUGAAGGAUCUGAACGGCGAAAACCACCACCCAGACCUCCACCAAUGAGAAGUGCCUUGCCUCCCAAGCCAUCAUCACUCAUCAAAAGCAUCUCACAGGAACAAGACACCAGCGACAACUCAUCCGAUCUUCAAGAUUCCCCUCAGCACCAAGAGAGCUCCAACACCACCGUGCAAUCCGAAGACAAGAACCCAGCAGACAGAACCAGCAUCAUCAGUGAUGACGACGAAUACGUCUUACCGGAUGGCGAAUAUGACCCCACAGAUGGCCCCUACUACGAGAACAACGACUUUGGUCCUGUCUUUGAACCACCCAGGUCCCCACCCCAUUCCCCUUCCGCUGAGUCUAGCGCCACCAAGCGACAGGUUCCUGGCAGGCAGAAGCGUGUCCCUCCUCCAAAGCCCAAGAGGACACCCAGCAUCCAGUCCGAUAUCUCCAAUGAUGGCUACGAGGACAUGUCAAAAGGCUCCUUUGCAUCAGUGGCUCUGAGUUCUAUUGGGGCUGAAGUCUACUCUGUACCCAGAUCCUGUGAGCACAGCAUGCACGAGAGUGGCCGCUGCCAGUGCGCUGACUACGCCGAGCAGAGCAGCGGUGGGGAGGACGACGGCUCAUCGGACGAGGACGAGGACAGCUACGAGAAGUUUGACCAGGGCGUCAUGGCGGAGAAGGAGGAUGACGAGGACGCGGGGGUGGACCCCGAGGUGCGCAAACGCCGCAAGGCCUUCCUGGUGGCGCAGGAGCUGAGGGACUCGGAGAAAGUGUUUGUGGACGUGCUGAAACUCAUCAAUGAGGAUUUCAAGGCUGCCAUUGAGGAAGCAGAGAAGACAGCCGGCCGGCCAAUCAUUGAGAAAGGGAUGCUGGACCAGAUCCUGGGCCAUCUGCCGCAGCUUCAGAUGCUCAACGAGGAUCUGUUAGCCGAUCUGAACUCUCGCGUCAAUAAUUGGUCCGAGAACCCACGAAUCGCAGACAUCUUUCUGAAGAAGGGCCCGUACCUCAAGCUGUACAACACUUACAUCAGGGACUUUCAGAAACUGACGGCAACCUUGGAAGAGGCCUGUCUGAAGUCACCCUUGUUCAGCGCUACUCUCAAAGAAUUUGAGGCCAGUCCAAGAUGCCGAAGUCUCUCACUGAGGCAACACAUGCUGAAACCCAUCCAGAGAAUUCCCCAGUACAAACUACUGCUAACAGAAUAUCUGAAGCAAUUGGAUGAGGAAACUCAAGAAGAGGAUUUCAAAGACACCAUGGCUGCUCUAAACAUCGUGAGCGAGGUUGCUAAUCACGUCAAUGAGAGCAUGAAGCAAGGGGAUAACUUGGACAAGCUACUGCAGCUCCAACAGAGUCUGGUAGGCAACCAUGAGUUAGUCCGGCCAGGACGGGUUUUUAUCAAAGAAGGUGAUCUGCUCAAGUUGUCUCGCAAGGUGCCACAAACGAGGAGAUUUUACCUGUUGAGUGAUAUCCUAUUGUAUACCACACCAUUCCUGCUGACUCCUGGCCAGUACAACUACAAGCUGCACAAUGUUCUGUCACUGGCUGGAAUGAGGGUGAGCAAGCCAGCCCAGGAAGAUUACAAGAACGAGUUCAGCAUCAUCAGUGUGCAGAGGUCCUUCACGCUAGCAUCCAAUACCCCAGAGGAACGAGAUUCUUGGAUUACUGCUCUGAAUAAAGCCAUCACGGAGUACGCAAGCAAGAGAAGCUCCUUUGCCAUGUUGCAUCCGCAGUUUGCACAGCUUCUCUCUGAUGGCGACACCACCAGCCUCGGCAGGAAGGCACCUGCCUGGAUCCCUGACGCCCGCGUCACCAUGUGCAUGAUCUGUACCUGUGAGUUCACCAUCACCUGGAGAAGGCACCACUGCAGAGCCUGCGGAAAGGUGAUUUGCGGCAACUGCUCCUCAAAUAAGCUUCCUCUACUGUACCUUGCCAACAAGGUUGCUAGGGUCUGCGACCAGUGCUACAGAAACCUUAAAGGCGAUAAGCAAAGUGAGGACACAGAAGACGGGAAGGAACGUGGCAAGGGCAAGAACAAAAGGAAGAGAUCCACCAAGCUGGUCAUACGACCCUCGGCACUCAAACAGGUUUCAGCCAGUGAGCAGGACACCACCAUGAGCGGCUACCUGAUGCUGAGACGCAAGAAAGACUGGAAGCGACAGUGGUAUGUCUUGAAGGAGAAGGUGCUGUAUCGGUACAAGGCCAGCGAGGAUGUGGCUGCGUUGGAGAGCAUGCCGCUACUGGGCUACGAUAUACAACUACUGAAUGAGCCAUUUGAGGGAGUAGAACCAGGCCUGAUCUUGCAGCUGUGCCAUCAAUCCAAGCUGUGCCAACUACGAGCUGAGAACAAGGCAAUGGCUGAGAAGUGGGCUACACUCAUGACGGAAGCUACACAUCUCUGAUCCUCGGACUCCCCAUGGCUGUCCAAGGCCUUUCAUUUCUUGUAGAUUCUGAGAGCAAGAACUCAGUGUGCUAAACAGUCUUGAAGACGUUAUGAUAAAGUUCACUCUAAGCAUUCCCGACAGUAAACAAACUCUACUUAAGAAAGAUGACCUACAUGUUAAAUGGUAUACAAAUAAUGAAUGUUUGUGAGUGCAAUGGUAAGAAUAAUCAUCGAAUGAAAUUAUUCUUUCCAUUGCACCAACGUGAAACAUUCAUU